AUGGUUUUGGACAGGUUGAUUGUUAUUAUAGUUGUUGCAGUUAUAGCAUGUGGAAGCAUAGCCGUUAAUGUUAGUUUCGACAAGAAUUAUCACAUCACAUGGGGAAACUCUCAUGUGAAAUCUAUAAAUCAGGGAAAUCAAAUCGAUCUAUUAAUGGAUCAAUCUUCAGGGGCUGGGUUUGAAUCGAACGUGGGAUAUGGUUCGGGUUUUUUCCAGAUAAAAGUGAAGCUACCUCAGAAGGAUUUUUCUGGAGUUGUUGUGGCCUUUUAUUUGACAUCGGAUAUAAAUGGCAAAGGAGGAAACCAUGACGAGCUGGAUUUCGAGUUUUUAGGUAGCGACGGGCCACCUUUUACGCUGCAGACAAACGUUUUCGCCGAUGAUGCGGGAGGCAGGGAGCAAAGAUUUCAUCUCUGGUUUGAUCCCACUUCUGAUUUCCAUACCUAUGGAAUUCUUUGGAACCAACACCAAAUAGUGUUUUACGUGGACAAUACGCCCAUAAGGGUAUUCAAGAACAACACAAACAUCGGGGUGAAUUAUCCAUCACAACAGAUGGUGAUUCAAGGAAGCAUAUGGAAUGGAGAAGAUUGGGCAUCGGGUGGAAGGAAAAUCGACUGGACUAAAGCACCGUUUGUUGCAAGCUAUCAAGGCUUUGAAGUGACUGCGUGCCAAUUCAAGAGCGCUCCUAACAAAGAUGAGUGCUACAUUUCGAACCCCACGCAGUGGUGGAAUGGGGAUAAAUACAUCCAACUUGACCCAGCUCAGCACAAAGCUUUACAAGAUGCAAGAACCAAAUACAUGUUCCAAGACUAUUGUACUUCUAAAGCUAAGAUUGAUAAAGAAUGUGGUAUUAAUAGCACUACAUAG